AUGGAACGUCAUCAACAUGUCAUUGAUAUAGAGGAUGAGAGUCCAAACAAUAGUACAGAAGUAGGACCGCCUGUUGUUGUCCUUAGUUCGGAUGAUGAAGACAACGGAAGUAGGAGGCCACUUCAUCUGUAUCAGAAGCUUGUGUUAGAGCAUCCUCCAGACCAUGAUCAACAUAUCAAGAAUUUGGAAGAUGAAAGUCGAAACAAUAUUACAGCACGAGCACCGUCUGUCAUUGUCCUGAGUUCUGAUGAUGAAGAAAAUGGAAGUAGGAGGCCAGUUCAUCUAAAUCAGAAGGUUGUAUUGGAGCCCGUUGGAAGAUUGCUAAAGAAGAACAUGACGGAUUCUGUAGAGGGCAAAUAUAAGAGUAGUGAGUUGGAAACUCUGCUUAGAGAUUUCGAUAUUUGGAUAGAUAAAGAUGUAAAUGUUGGUGCAGCAGACAAUAUGGAUUGUUUAGAGAGCAAAGAUGAGAGAGAAGAGUUGAAAACUGUGUCUGGAAAAGUUGAUAUUUGGAUAGAUAAAGAUAUAGAUGUUGGUUUUGAAGACAAUAUGGAUUGUGUAGAGAGCAAAGAUCAGACAGAAAAGUUGGAAACUUUGUCCGAAAAAGUCGAUAUUGAGAUAGCUGAAGAUGCAGCAGAAAAUAUGGAUCAUGCAGAGAGCAAAGCUCAGACAGAAGUGUUGGAAACUCUAUUCCGUAAAAUUGAUACUGGGAUGGAUAAAGAGAUCAAUGUUGGUGCAGCAUACCUUAUGGUGAUUGGAAAAGAGAAUCAAGUAUCUUCUAAAAAAGAGGAAUGUAAUUGGAAAACUAAUUAUCAAGAGACUAACAGGGGGUGCAUAGCUCCAAGCACAGAGGUAGGAGUUCUGGUUGGUAACAUGGAUGUUGGGACAGAUAAGCCCGAUCAUGUUAUUGGAGAAUAUGAACAUGAUAAGGUCGUUGGGGAAGGUAAUCACGACACUUUCCAGAUUAAAGAACAGUAUCAGAAAAAUGAUAUUGACGAAGAUGAUCUAGCAGAAAUAUGGAAGGAGAUGGCAAUGGCAACAGAAUGUUCCAAGUGGUAUUUUUACAUUCCUACUACCAACACCGAUAUUGUCUCCCAACUUAACCACGUGCAUAGCCUAGAAGGUGUGGCGUUUUAUCACAAAAGGACUGGGCCAAAAGGACUAAACGAACUUACAUGUAUGAGUCACGGAAUGCCAACACUACCGAGUCAACUCAGAGUUUCUCAGUUGGACUGA